UUUCCCCUGACGGUUCCCAUCUGGCUGUCGGUGACGACAGGUCUGUGGCUGGCGGGGCCAGAAAGAACCCCGCCAAAAGCUUGGCAAUGCCCCACCAUUCUUCCCCUCCAUUGAUGAACGACAACCGCGGGGCAACCCAAACAGAGCAUUCGGCAGCGACAGGCCCUGAAACGCGGCAGGACAUACUAUCUCUCGAAUUCCCAGUAUAAAGCCCGAGCGACAUAUCGCUCACACCAACUCAAAAUGUUCAAAAAAGACCUCAACGCCACGCCCAAGCAGAAACAAAAGCUCAAAUCCUCCGUCCAGCGCUCCAUCCGGCAAUCCGUCCUCGCGACCUACCCGCUCCUGACGCCGGUGAUCGACGAGGUGCUGCCCAAGAAGGCCUCGCUCGAGCAGGUCAAGCUGCCGGACCGCGUGUCGCUCUACGUCGUCGACGGCCGGCAGCCCGUCUUCUACCAGCAGGACGGCAGCGGCCCGCUGCUGCCGCACCUCCGCCUGGUUCACCGCUUCCCGCAGUGCUUCCCCACCGUGCGCAUCGACCGCGGCGCCAUCCGCUUCGUGCUCAGCGGCGCCACGCUCAUGGCCCCCGGGCUGACGAGCAAGGGCGGGCGGCUGCCCAUCCCGGUCGAUCGGGACGCGGGGAGGGAGAAGGGGGAGGAGGAGGGGAAGAAGAAGGAGAGCAAAGGAGGGGAUGGGGACGGGGGCGACGAUGAAGCGAAAGAGGGGGAGGAGGAGGGGGAGGAGGAGGUGAAGGUGCCGAACGAGGGCCCUGAUGAGGACGGGCAUUGGAGUAGGGAGCUGGAGAAGGGCGAGCCUGUGGUGGUCAUGGCUGAGGGGAAGGAGGAGGCGGCGGCUGUGGGAGUCUUGAUCAUGGGGACGAAGGAAAUCAAGGAGAAGGGAAAGGGCCCUGUAAUGGAGGAGACGCACUACCUUGGGGAUGGACUUUGGCGGUUGAACCUGGACUAGGCAGUUUACCCAUGGAUUUGUCAGGUUGUUAUGUAGCGACUGGCUCGGGAACUGUGUGAUGUUCUUUGGCAUCAAGCAGGAGUAUCCCCGAUUUCAUAUACCCGCUCUUCAUGCCACUGACGGCCGAAACCAUCUCGUUUCCCUUGGAGGUGUUGAGACUCUGAGUCUCUGAGAAGCAGGUCCAUUCUUGAAGGGACAAAUGGGUUACUCAAUUUGGCCGAAAAAGUGCAAACAGGCAAAAGGAAUCGACAACGAGCGGACUCGAACCGCUGCAGCCGAAGCCAUACGCUUUCGAGGCGUACCCAUUAACCACUCUGGCACGUUGCCUGUUAGAUAUGCUCGCAACCGCUCUUGAUGUGCUGCUGCGCAAGAC